AUGAGUGCCGACCAGCCUGAGAGGCACCUGGCGCACAGCCACGCCCGCGAGGAGGACAUCCCAGGCACGGUCAACCUGCGGGCGGCAGAGGGCGACGAUACUGGGUAUGGCCAGGCACUGUUCCCCGUCCCCGCAGAGGACCCAAACGACCCGCUGCAAUGGGGCAACACCAAGAAGACAUUGAUACUGGUUGCUUGCGCCCUGUACUCCUUCCUGGGCAACACGGCCCUCUUGGGCCCAUCGGUGUACAUCGGGAUAUUUUCGCAAGAGUUUGGCAUCUCACCGAAUACCGCUUCUGGGCUGAUCAGCUACGCCAACCUCGUGUUUGGAUUUGGUUCCCUCUUACUGGUUCCCAUGUAUCGCAAGUUCGGCCGUAGACCCGUGAUGCUCUUCUCUUUGCUAUGUUAUGUCGCAGGCCUCAUCGGCGCAUCCCAAGCCACGUCGUACGGAGGACUGAUGGCCGCACGGAUAAUCCACUCCUUCGGAUCCGGAGUCUGCGAGGCCCUGCCCGUCCAGCUGGUUAAUGAUAUUUUCUUCCUCCACGAGCGAGGCCAGCGCCUGGGGUACUACACCUUCGCUCUGUGCCUUGGCGCCACCGGCCCGCUCUUCGCAGGCUACAUGCUCAACGGAGGCUACUCCUGGCGCCUUUUCUUCUAUGUCGAGGUUGCGUUCGGUGUGGCCUUACUGAUCUUCGCCUUCCUCGUAGUCGAGGAAACGACCUACCACCGCAAGCUGACGCAAGACUCUUCUGACGGGCCGGAGGACGCGGAGAAGAUCGGCACGUCAACAGUCGAGAGGAGCGUCACGGCGCGCUCGAGCGUGCCACGGCGAAAGACCUAUCUUCAGACUCUUAAGUUCUGGGGUGUGUGGGAGCGUGAUUCUGAAUUCUUCCUCAUGAUGUUUCGAAGCUUCACGUAUUUUCUCGUCCCUCAUGUGUUUUGGGUGGUCACGACUUAUGGUAUUUUCAUUGGUAUCGGCGCCUUGACCUUCAAUUACAUCAUGCCGAUCAAGGUAGUAGCUCCGCCGUACAACUGGUCUCAGCUCAACUCUGGGCUGGUCUCGAUCGGAACUAUCCUCGGAUACGGCGCCGCACUCCCUUUCACGACCUCGUCCGACCGUCUGGCCGCCCGGUUGACUAAGAAGAACAACAUGAUCCGCGAGGCAGAGAUGAGAUUGGGCGUCUGUCUGCCCGCCAUGCUCAUCGCUCCCGCCGGGCUGGUAGUCUUCGGCUUCACCGCGGAACGGAACCUGCACUGGAUUGGGUACUUCGCUGGUGUUGUCAUGUCGUCGUGGUCCAGCUAUUUCUACUUCACAUUCGUGCUGAGCUACGCGCUGGAUAGCUACACGGCCAACACGAGCGAGAUGCUGAUUGCGAUGAACCUGGGGAAGCAGGCGAUUAGCUUCGGAAUGGGUCUCAACCUUCUGGAGUGGGUGCAGGAUAGAGGAUAUGCGGUAAUGAUCUCGGGCGUCUUCGGCGGUGUGCUGCUUGCCAACCAAUUGGCCUUGAUCCCGUUCAUGCUCUUCGGAAAGAGGAUCCGGGCGUACAUGGCGAGGACGUGGCUCGCGAAGAUCCAUGCAAACAGUGUGAGGGAGGUCAUGACGGCUUGA